AUAAAAAAAACGUGAGGAUUAAGGAAUCAAAGUAAAAGACCAAGUUCAAUUCCUUCCCUUUCAAUAAGUCAUGACGUCAAAACCUUGGUUUAAUCAUAACCAGACCAACCAUUAGCUUAAUAAGGCCAUUCUCUCAGAUGAAUUGUUAAGUCCUUCAAAUACAGGUUCUUUUGUAGAGCAUCGUCCCAGACUUAUACUCAGGUUUAUAAUCCAAGAAUUGUUCUUAUAAAAUAGAGAAGUAGUGCUUGCCAUGAGCUUUAUAGUGGAGCUCCCAAGCUAGAUGUCACUCCGAAGUUUUUGAUGAUGGAUUCCUCUUCUGAUAACCACAAAACUGAAAAGGGAGGAACCUCGACCUCAAGUGUUCCUGCCAAUGGGGAUAUGUUUGGACGAGUUGUAAAUGGUACUGGUGAGACUGAAGGCAAGCGGCUAGCGUUUUUAGUGGAGUGGUUAAAUAGUAUACUUCCUGAUUUAGGUUUACCAGAAACUGCUUCAGAUGAGGACUUGAGAUCAGUAUUGAUUGAUGGUACCAUUUUAUGUCGGCUAUUGAACAGGCUUAGACCUUGUUCUGUUGAUGAGGUUAAUAGAUCCGAUCAGAACUCAGUGCCAAGCUCAGAAAAUGUCGCAAGGUUCUUGGCUGCUGUUGAUUCAUUAGGCCUGCCCCAGUUUCAUAUGGUGGAUCUAGAGAAGGGAUCUAUGAAGACUGUUAUAGAUUGUCUUUUAACACUUAGAACACGACUUGGGUCAAGUGUUGUAGCAGACGGUUUUUCUCUGUUUAGUCCAACUGGUAACUAUGACAGCCCUCGAAGAGAUUUAUCUUCCCGUGGAUUUAGUUCUCCGUUAACUGUAGAAGAGAGGCAGAAGGUCUUGUCUGAGUCAAAAUUUCAACGUUCAUUGCGUAGUCCUGUUAUGUCAGAGCCAUCAGCAGGAUUAAUGCAUCAUGUUGGACAUAAGUUCCAUGAGGUAUUUCAGGUGAAACAAGGACGCUACGCGGAUCUUCCUGCUGCAAAGAUCUCAGAAAUGAUGAAAUCCAACAGUUUAGAUUAUCUCUUGUUGCAGAAUGCUCCGACUCAGUCCCUUUUGAGCGUUGUAAAUGGAAUUCUUGACGAAAGCGUUGAAAGAAAUAAUAGUGAAAUACCUCAUCGUGUGGCUUGUCUACUGAGAAAAGUUGUCCAGGAAAUUGAGCGCCGCAUAUCAACUCAAGCAGAGCAUUUAAGAACUCAAAACAAUCUUUUCAAGGCUCGUGAAGAGAAAUACCAGUCAAGAAUCAGAGUACUUGAAGCCCUUGCAUCCGGAACCAAUGAGGAAAGCGAGCUUUUUAGGAACCAUCUUCAGCAAAUGAAGAGUGAGAGGACCAAAAUUGAAGAAAAAAAGAAAACUGAUGAUGAGGAUGGGAUCAGAUUGAAGAAAGAGAAGGAGCAUUGUAACCUUCAAAUUUCAGGACUGAAGCAAGAGUUGGAUAUAGCAAAAAAGACAUAUGACUUGCGUUGCUUGCAAAUGGAAACAGACGCGAAAGGUGUUAAAGCAGCACUUGAAGAAAGGGUAAAAGACCUUGAACGCCUUUUGGCAGAUUCAAGGAAUAAGGUGAAAGAGCUGGAGGAAAACUCUGAGUCAAAACAUCAGGUUUCUGACGAAACUUUAAAGCUUGAAGAAAAGGUAAAAGAACUUGAACGCCUCUUGGAAGCUUCAAGGAAUAAAGUGAAAGAGCUUGAGGAAAGCUCAGAGUCAAAAUAUCAGUUUUCUCAAGGUCAGCUUGAAGAACGGGUGAAAGAACUUGAAAAUCUCUUGGCAGAUUCAAGGAAAAAAGAGAAAGAGCUUCAGGCAAAUUCUGAGUCAAAAUGUCAGAGUUGGAUUAAGAAAGAGCGUGUUUACCAUAACUUUAUGGAAUUUCAACUUGGUUCUUUGAAGGAAUUAAGGCUAUCUUCUGUGUCCAUUAAGCAAGAAAUAAUGAAGGCAGAACGAAGCUACACGAGUGAAUUUGAUCAUUUAGGAGUGAAGCUUCAAGCAUUAGCAGAUGCAGCCGAGAACUAUCAUUCACUUUUGGCUGAAAAUAGGAAACUGUUUAAUGAAAUUCAGGAUUUAAAAGGAAACAUCAGAGUAUAUUGCCGAAUAAGACCAUUUCUGCCUGGACAGAAAGAGAAAAGAACAUUGGUAGAACAUAUUGGUGACAAUGGAGAACUGGUAGUUGCAGACCGCUCCAGACCAGGGAAAGAUGGUCAUCGACUGUUCAAGUUUAAUAAGGUCUAUGGUUCAGAUGCUACUCAAGCUGAAGUAUACACUGAUACCCAACCGUUUAUAAGAUCUGUACUUGACGGAUAUAAUGUGUGUAUCUUUGCUUAUGGUCAAACUGGAUCUGGAAAAACCUACACAAUGACUGGUCCUAACAAUGCAACUAAGGAGAACUGGGGGGUCAACUAUAGAGCCUUAAAUGACCUUUUUGAUGAUUCUCAGCAAAGAAAAAGCUCCAUUAUGUAUGAAAUUGGUGUUCAAAUGGUUGAAAUAUACAAUGAACAAGUGCGCGAUUUGCUAUCAAGUGAUGGUACUCCGAAAAAACUCGGGAUUAUGACUCAUUCUCAACCCAAUGGGUUAGCUGUGCCGGAUGCUACUAUGCACCCUGUCAAAUCAACCUCAGAUGUCAUUAAAUUAAUGGAUAUCGGAUUUAAGAACCGAGCUGUUAGUGCCACUGCCCUCAACGAAAGAAGUAGUCGCUCUCAUAGUGUUCUUACAGUUCAUGUACGAGGGACGGAUUUGAAGACUAGUUCUGCUUUGGUCGGUAAUCUUCAUCUUGUAGAUUUGGCAGGAAGUGAAAGGGUAGAUCGCUCUGAGGUUACUGGAGAUAGACUUAAGGAAGCACAACAUAUAAACAAAUCAUUAUCUUCACUUGGAGAUGUCAUAUUUGCUCUUGCACAGAAGAGCCCUCAUGUACCAUACAGAAAUAGCAAGCUUACUCAAGUCCUUCAAAGCUCUCUCGGUGGACAAGCAAAAACACUUAUGUUUGUGCAGCUUAAUCCUGAAACAAGUUCAUAUUCUGAAAGUUUAAGUACUCUAAAGUUUGCUGAGAGGGUUGCUGGAGUAGAGCUAGGGGCAGCGAAAAGCAACAAAGAGGGCAGGGAUGCUAGGGAGUUGAUGGAACAGGUGGCAAUUCUCAAAGACACUAUAUCGAAGAAGGAUAAUGAGAUAGAACGACUGCAUUUACUUAAAGAUAUCCGAGUGGAGAAGCGUCGGACAGGCUCGUUAAGUUCUGAAACUGAUUCCCAGCAGUCCAUGCAUGACCUUAAACACCAAACUAAUACACUCCGGCGAUCAAAGGUUGCCGGAGGUGACAUAGAAACUGAUGGCUCUGCCUCUGCUGACAGUUCGAGCUAUUCUGAAAGCACAAAAUCAGAUAGCUUAGAAAACAGGCCUAGAAGGGUUGCUGGGAUUCCCCGACCUUCGUUAAAACCAGCAGUAACUUCCUCAUCUAUAAUGUCAGGAUCAAAAAGCUCUCCGAAAGUUUCAUCAGGUCUAAAAAAAAGUAGCAGCUCUUCCUCACUGAAACCAGCUUCUAAACGAUGGCAAUAAUCAGAGCCAGUCGAUACAAUUUCUUUUUUUCUCUCAAUUUUCGUAUACAUGUAUAGUUUUUCUUUGAUAAUAUAAUUAGCAUAUACUUUUGUUGCUUUCCAAUCCCACUUGGUGAUUUAGGUGUAAUUAUUCUGAGGUUUAAAGCUCAUCUAGCUGCUGCUUCUUCUUCUUCUUUUACUUGGAAUAUCUCAUUCCAAAUUUGCCUGUUUCAGUCAUGAGUCUUGUACUGAUUGAAGAAACGGAGUUUGUGUUUAUAGACUUCAAUUUUGAACUGAAGAAGAAAAUGAAAAUGUAUAUAGCAUUGUCCUGUGUACAAGUAAUGGUGAAUCCUAUGGCCAUGGAAUCUUGUACUAAACCAUUGCUUUACGUUCAUAGAGACACUGACCCAACACAAGUUUCAGUACAAUAGUGGACCUGUUGAGCUAUAGCAGGCAGUGCAAUAAUGGAGUUACUAAACGAUACACCAACCUAAGGCAUACAAGGCAAAAGUUUCCAAACUACAAGUUCGGCUUUUAUGGUGAAAUGAUCAUGUCUCUCACGAGGCU